AUGGCCGAUUUUCCAGAUGACGCCGCGCUGUCGGUGCCUCCGUCACCGACGAACACGAGAAGACCGAGAUUCGACCGGACAAGCUCGCUCGGCGAGCCGGACGAGCGCUCACCUUUACUCUUGAACUCGAGAUCUCGGAUUCGGCGACACCAAGCUAACCCCGACAGUCCCAAGUACCUGACUCCGGGCCUGUCGAGGAAUCACAGCACGGCUGGAAGCAUCAGGAGCUUGCACCACAGUCGCAACCCUUCUUUCGGCGCUCGCUUAUCGCACGCCUUCUCCGACUUCCCAGAAUCUAUGUCCGAGUCGAAACGAUCAAUUCUACCCGACGAACGAGUAUGGUACGAUCAAUUCACGUCUACCGAUUGGGUUCACGAUAACAUCGUCGAUGCCCACCGAGCCAAGGCCCUCAAAAUGCGCAAGGACUUCUGGGGAAGGAUAUAUGCCAUCUUCGAUGCUUCGCAGGGCUGGAUUCUUAGUGCCGUGUGUGGUGUAGCCGUUGCUCUCGUCGCAUACGUCGUCAACUUGUCCGAGGCUACCGUAUUCGAUUACAAGUAUGGGUACUGCACACGCGGCUGGUACAUCAGUGAGAGGAAUUGCUGUCCAAAAGGACCAUGUGAUGAUUGGGAGACGUGGUCAGAGUCCAUGAGAUUCUGGCCUUUUGGAGAUGCCGGAACUGAAUUCACAGUCUAUCUCGUUGGUGUAGUCGGCUUGGCCUGCAUUGCUUGCGCCUUGACGCUGACCACGAAAACCGUGGUACCCUCGGCAUACCGUAUGACGACCUUUGACGAGAAUCUCGCCGCAGAACUUGCCCCCUACGCCGAUGAACCUGCAAGUGACGAGAGCCCGACCCCUCCGGAGGUUGUUGAGCCGGUUACAGCGACAUCAGAGCCCGAGCCGAACGUACCGCCCCCAAUGAUUUACUACUCAGCUGCUGGUAGCGGUGUCGCCGAAGUCCGCGUUAUUCUCAGUGGCUUUGUUCUCCACGGUUUUUUGGGUUUGAAGACCUUGGGUAUCAAAUCUGUUGCUCUAAUUCUCAGCGUUGCUUCUGGUCUUAGUCUUGGAAAGGAGGGCCCCUACGUCCACAUUGCUACCUGUGUGGGAAACAUUGCCUGCCGCCUAUUUGCGAAGUACGACCAAAAUGACGCCAAAAGGCGCGAGGUCCUAUCCGCAGCUGCAGCCGCCGGUGUCGCCGUCGCUUUUGGUGCCCCGUUAGGAGGCGUACUUUUCGGACUCGAGGAGGUCUCUUACUUCUUUCCUGCGAAGACCCUCUUCCGCACAUUCUUCUGCUGCAUCGUCGCAGCACUGUCGCUCAAGUUCCUCAACCCCUACGGCACCCACAAGAUCGUCAUGUUCCAGGUCAAGUAUGUCACCGACUGGCAUUACUUCGAAAUCGUAUUCUUCAUUGUCAUCGGAAUACUUGGCGGCGCCGCUGGAGCUAUGUUCAUCAAGGCGUCGAAGCAUUGGGCCAAGACUUUCCGUCGGAUCGAUGUUAUCAAGAAGUACCCUAUGUUUGAGGUUGCUUUGGUCGCUGUGGUGACUGGCAUUAUGAGUUACUGGAACGUCCACACCAAGCAGCCGGUCGCUAAGCUCAUGCUCAAUCUCGCCUCUCCAUGCCACGACGGAACUGAUCGCGAGGACUACGGUCUUUGCCCAACGACAUCCGAAGGCAUCCCUCCUGUGCUUUCGGGCCUCUUCUCCGCGUUCUUGAUCAAAGGGUUCUUGACAAUCAUCACGUUCGGAAUUAAAGUACCGGCCGGAAUCUACGUGCCGUCCAUGGUUGUUGGCGGUCUGAUGGGAAGAAUUGUCGGCCACGUUGUUCAGUACAUUGUUCUCAUGUACCCCACCUUUGGGCUUUGGGCUCGCUGUGCUGCAUCGCCAACAGGAUCGUGCAUUCAGCCUGGUGUCUAUGGACUUAUCGCCGCCGGAUCCACCAUGUGUGGCGUCACUCGGUUGUCAGUGACUCUGGCAGUUAUCCUCUUCGAGCUCACGGGAAGCUUGGAUUACGUUUUGCCGUUUUCCUUGGCCAUUCUCGUCGCUAAGUGGACUGCUGAUGCCAUUGAGCCCAACAGCAUCUACGACCUCCUGACCAACAUGAACUCAUAUCCCUUCCUCGAUAACAAGCAUAAGCCAAUCUUCACUUCCGACCUCGCAGACAUCGUUCCUCGUGUUCGUCGGGAAAGGAUCAUUGACGUUAGCGCUUCUCCCGUCAUAUCCGCUCCCAGUCUCCGUAAGAAGCUUCAGACUUUGCACAGAGCAGGUGAACUGGAUGGAGGUCUUCCCAUCAUCCGCGAUGGUAUUCUUGUGGGGCUUAUUCCAGCUCCCGAUCUCGAAUUCGCUUUGGAUAGCCUGGACGACGAAGCUUCAAGCAUGUGUCUGAUGGCGCAUAUCCCCACCAUCGAAGACUCUGAUGACGAAGAGAUGGAGAGAGACAAGACGGAUUUCACGCCGUACAUUGACCCGGCUCCCGUUGCAUUGGAUAUCAGAUCUCCCAUGGAUCUUGUAUAUGAGUGCUUUGUCAAGCUCGGUCUUCGAUUUAUUUGUGUGCUCAAGAAUGGGCGGUACGCAGGCAUGGUUCACAAGAAGAGCUUCGUCAAGUACAUGCGAGAGCUUGAAGAAAAGGAGCACUAG